UUGUCUGGUCCAGGAGCUUUUCUGUACUUCACACUCACUUGCUUUGGCAACUUCUCUCUCAACUUCCUGUGUGAUGCAUAACGACUCCGACGGAUAACGAUGGAUAACUCCGGCAGAGAAGCGGAGGUGAUGGAUGAGUCAAAUGGGCGAGCACUAGUGAAGGAAGAGCCAACGGAGCAAACAGAAUUGCCGGGCGACUCAAGCGGACAAGCAGAGGUGACGGGAAACUCCAUCGAAAAAGCACCGUUGGCGAAUCACAACCCCAAUUCCGGAGGAAGCGAACCUUUUGUGUUCUGGCGACACGUUCCGCCACCGACACUCUUCUUCCUGCCGAGAUUCGGACCGCAUUGCUUCUACGGUGGCGUAACACCACCACCGUAUGGCGUUUUCCCACCACUGUGGAACGGGACUCGCUGCGAUAUUUGGCCAGUGGAUACUCGACAAGCCGCCGUAGACGUUCAGCUUACCCCUCCCACUGAUGAAGUAAAUUCUCCGACGCACCACAUUCACUCUUUUCGCGCCGAGAGCCAUGACUCCGCGCCAAUGGAAAUCUCACCAUGUGCGAGUCCCUUAACACAGUCGACGAACACACCGACAGAGCGCGGGGCUGCAGCACCUGCUAUGAAAGCCGAGAGUUCAACGGACUCGACUACUGAAGUCAACAGGAAUCGGGCGGUGAAAUCUCUUAGCCUCGAGAAGUGGACACCAAUGCCUCGCGCACUGAAGCCAGUUAAGUAUCAUGACGUUAAUCCUUGCACAGCCGAGUCGUCAGUGCUGUCGCUGUUGAAACAGUGCAAGUCUUGCACGAAGAAAAUGGCGCGAACUAAACGUCAGGGUGCUACUUACGCAGCGGAAGAAUGCACGUGCGCGCAAGAAUUUGCACCAGGCAAAGUCCAGGUUGAAAAUACUGAGAGUAUCGCGAAAACAAAAACAGGUCUCGAAAAACUUGGACCACUGACUGCGAGUACAAAACCUGCAGCUGCGCAACAAGACCCUGUGGUGACUGGUGCAGAUAAGUCCAUUGUCGGUAGUGAACCCAACCUUGCUUCUAUGAAGUGUAGGCAGAGCGCUGAUUGCAUUUCCGGAUCUGCUGCCAAGCUUAGUGAGGAGACGCGAUCUUUGAGUACCUUUUGUACAGAGAGAAAGUCCACAUGUGCUGAAUCGAGUGUGCAUUCCAUCCCGGUUGUCGAGAGGCGAAGAGCAGAACAGAAUUACUGGCAUCGUCAACGAACACCACAACGAACAACACCGCGUAACGCUCACAUUACCGAUUGCCUUGGGGCUAACACUAGCGAAACGUUCACGCACUACUCGCACAGCGACAUUCCUGCCGAGUGCAUUGUGAACCGAUUUGUUGAAGAAAUUCGUGCUGCGAGUGAACAAAAAAGUUGUGCUGGUGAUCCUCGUGUAAGGGUAAAAAUAGCCGGAGCGUACAUUCCUGGUCCGAGGGUCGACAAUUUACACACAACUGUCAUUGAUAUAAAGAUGGACCCUUUGUUAGGCGCCUGUGUGGAGCACGCAGAAGGACCCUUUAUGCUUCCGUCAGAACUUGAGGAAGACGACAAAGGUUGGUUGUGGACCUUCGAGUGAGGCUCCGUGUAGCAACACAUUUUGUCAUAGAGGA